GAUUAAAGAUGGAUACGGACUGAAAUAUAUACAUUCACCAUAAUUUAAUAUGAUAUACAGUUUAAAGUUCUCCACAUCAACAUAGACAGUUGUUUAGUUAUGGGCACGGGUGCUUCAAAAGCGAGAAAGAAAAACAAAGUACGUCAAAAUGCUUUGGUUGUUGGAAGUUUACAAGUGAACGCUCAACGAUCUAGAGAUGCCACAAAUCACACUGAACCUGAGGAAGAGACUAAACCUAUUUCUUUAGUAGACACAUAUGAGGUGAAUGAUUCACUUCUCUUUAAAGGUGGAACCAGUGGACAGUUCGUACCAUACUUUAAAGCAUGGUUAGUCAGGGUUGAAGCCGAUGAACUUUGUUCAAUUUGCUCGAAGUACAAUGGCAAAAAAGUUUUCCCGUGUCGUGUCUGUACUCGAGUAUUUCAUGAAGGAUGUUUACAAAAAACACGAAAGUUGAAUGAUAAAGAUUCCAAAGAUGCCUUUUCUAGAGCAGGAACCGACCUUGGAUGGAGCUGCCAUUACUGUGAGAAUAUCACACUUUUGCUUUCUGAUGACGAGAUGCAAAAUCUCAUCGAAUAUUUUGAUGAAUUCGAUAUGAACCAAGACACACAGAUUGAAAAAUCUGAGUACGUCAAGAUAAGAAUAUUAUCUAUUGAGAAAGAUAAUCCGGAGAUGGAAGUUUCAGCUGAAUUGGAGCAAGAUCUUGAACGUGAGUUCAAAGCGAUGGAUAGGAAUGAUACAGGUACGAUUGAUUGGUGGGAAUUCGUCAAUCACGAGGCAGUGAAAGUUCUAGGACGAAGGGAUAAGCGUUCCUUAUCCAAGCUCUUAACUAAGCGUGAGAUAGAAAAAGCACGAGACAUGUUUCAUUCUUACGAUCGGGAUGAAGAUGGUUACAUCUCGAGCUACGAGGCGAUGAAAGCUUAUGAAAGAUGGUUCGGACAAUUAAAGAUCCCAAACGAUAGCUCAAAUCCUGAUUGGUUCUCAAAUUCAAGUUACUUGCAACAUCAAGAAGUUGAUGGACAUAUCGAUGCGCAUAUGAAGAUAUUAAUGGAUGCUGAUGCAGAUAAAAAUAAGUUAGUUUCGUGGCAAGAAUAUUUGCAAGAUCAAUCGUUGUAUCUCUUGGCAGCUCGUCCAAAUUACUACAUUCCUCCCAACUUAGAUGCAGGAAAGAAACGAGUUUAGUCUAAAAAAGUUUGACCGAAUUGGAAUCAAAAUUAACUGAUUCAGUCGAUAGCAAUCGCCUGGUCAACAAUGAAUUUCGAUAAGCAGGAGACUCAACUCUCAAGGGAAGUUAAAGGAUAGAACCAGCACCUGUGAGUUGUGGGGGCAGUGGUUCAAUUACACCAUGCAGUGGUCAUACGUACCGUACGUGUGUUAAUUCAAAUUUCGGUGUAUGCCGGCAAAUGUAUACGCGUGUGGCCUAGAUAUUAUGGCUAAUUUUAAAAUCCAAUCCGAACGAUGCUCGCAAGUUUGAGAUUGGAUUUAGUUCGCACUCGUUGAAUAAGGCUACCGAUUUCCAAUUAAUCCAAUUAAUCCUAUACUCGAUAUACAGCGUGUCCCCAAAAAAGUGCCCUUAACAGCAAAAGAAUGAUUUCGCUAAAGGGUACUUUUUAGGGUACUUUAUUUUAAAUGAAUUAUUCAUACUUGAAGAAUUAUCAAUCAUUCACAUUCCUAUUUCCAAGGAACCUUUGUACACCAUU